CGUGCAGUACGUUGUUUGGCAGCAAAUUGAUACUAAAAAUUUCAACAUGCCAUCCUGUUGCGUCCCAGAAUGCAAAAAUUAUCAGAAAGGUUUUUCUAUGUACUCCCUUCCCGCAGAACCUAGUAGAAGAGCAAUAUGGAUUGCAAAUAUCGGCAAACAAGAUUGGAAUUGUGCGAAAAAAUGGUUUAUAUGAGGCACAUUUUGCUGAUGACAUGUGGGAAAAACCUCGCAUGGAUGGGAAGCGCAAACUGAAGUACAACGCGGUGCCAACAAUUUUUAAUAAUAUACCUGCGUGCAAUGUAGAUACACAUGUUGCAAAUGCCAGGGCAUCUUCGAAGAUAGAUAAUGAAUGUGACUAUUUUAAUAACAUAGAGUUAAACGUAUUGUAUAAUGUAGCUGGAUAUAUAGUUCAUAGUAUUGCUAAAGGCAAAAGUGCAAUAUGCACAACUUGUUUAAAUUCGGCAGGUUCAACUAAAUAUAACGCAAAUGUUAAAUACGCAAACUUUGUUCAUCUCAAAUGUUACCGGAAUAACACAUUAUUUUUUGUAACCCAAGAUGUUUUUGAAUAUUUUAUGGACAUGGAAUUUAUAAUUAGACAAUAUCUUUCUCAUGUAAGCAAUUCUAAAUGUAAUUUAAUUAUCUUUUUUAUGGAAAAAAUGAAACAUAUUUCUUGUGUAAGCCUGAAAAAUUGUCAUAAAUUAAAUGUGAAAAUUAUGAAACGCUUUAUUGCAUUUCGGAUGAAAAUUGCGUGUCUAAAAGGCCGACUGGUAAAACCAACAUAUAACAGUAAAACAAUGGUUAUGCAUUCUGUUGUUACUUAAUGAUACAAACUGUUAAUAUGUUUAUGU